ACCGGCGCGCUUCCACUCGGCUCGCCUUGCGCGCGGGCUUUGCCGGGUGGCAGAACGCGCGCGAGCGGUGGGCACCCCGCCGCCAUGAAGCCCGGGCGGGAGAAGAGAACCCUCCUGUGAAGACCGAACAAGCAGCAUGAUGGAUUCAGAAGAUCUUGUUAUUAAGAAGUCAAAGACAGACCAAAUUGGUCACCGCAUUGUAAAUGUUAGCUCAGGCAAACAUUACUUUUGUGGUUAUUGUGCAGCCAUGACAAAUGUUUCAGUCACCUUCCCCAUUCAGAAAGUCCUCUUUCGGCAGCAACUGUACGGCGUACGAACCAGGGAUGCGAUACGUCAGCUGCAGAAAGAUGGGCUGAGGAAUCUGUACCGUGGCAUCCUUCCUCCACUGAUGCAGAAGAGUACAACCCUGGCGUUAAUGUUUGGUCUGUAUGAGGACUUGUCUUCCGUAUUCCUAAGGCACAUGAGUGCACCUGAGAUUUUGACCCGGAGCUUGGCAGCUGUGCUUGCUGGGACCACAGAGGCUGUUCUGACCCCCUUUGAGCGUGUUCAGACACUUCUGCAGGACUACAAACAUCAUGACAAAUUUACAAACACUUUCCAAGCAUUCAGAGUACUUCGGGAACAUGGAGCCAGGGAAUACUAUCGGGGUUUGGUGCCAAUCCUGCUCCGGAACGGUCCUAGCAAUGUUCUUUUCUUCGGUCUGAGAGGACCUAUCAAACAAUGUUUGCCUGAAGCAACAACUUACAGUACUCAUUUGAUCAAUGAUUUUAUCUGUGGAGGGGUAUUGGGUGCUAUGCUGGGAUUCCUGUUUUUCCCAAUGAACGUUGUAAAAGCCCGCAUGCAGUCACAAAUUGGUGGGGAAUUCCAGCCUUUUUCAAAAGUCUUCAUGAAGAUUUGGCUGGAGCGUGACAGGAAACUGACACACCUCUUCCGAGGUGCCCAUCUGAAUUAUCACCGGUCCCUGAUUUCCUGGGGCAUAAUCAAUGCAACAUAUGAAUUCUUGCUCAAAUUAUUGUGAAAAGUGUUAACCGCUUGUGAAGUUCCUUUUCUCAGUUGGGCAUCAGACAACUCUGAGCUAUCCAUUUCCAGGGAGUAAUCAAACUCUCACUAGUAACACUGAACUCCAUAACAUUUGGGAAAUUUAAUUGCAAAAUUAUAACUCUUUCAGUAGGUAAGGAUGUCUGUUAUUUUAAUCAGUGCCUACUUAGUUCAAAAUAUAAUUGCAUCCACUCGUAUUAAUGGCCUUUCAGUCUUGUGUCAGCUGUAUGGAUAAAAUGAUUGGUUGAAAAUUUUCCUGGAAUAAAAGGAUGCCAGAAGGUGGAUUUGCCCAAAGCAUGAUAAACUGCAUUUUAUAUUGGCCUAUAAACAGUUUGCUCCAGAUCAGCUUCAACUUUCUUCAACACUCCUGGUGAUCCAAAGAAUGCACUUUGAAGAAAUGCAACAGGGCAGAAGACUGAUAUUUACUUUGUUGCUUCACCUGUUUGUAACAAAUGGUAUGUUAUAAUAAAUGGGCCUUAAGUUUCCAUGAUGCCCCCCCCCUUCCCAUUUUUUUUCUCCCUUUGGAAAGAGACUGCCAAAUUUGGGAGAGAAAUCUCUCAGUUGAAACUUAAGGUUCUGUAAAACUUGUGAAAAAGCUUUUGGUAGACUGAAUAUGAGAUCUUGUCAAGAUUUAAUAUUAAAUUUCAGAAUCUGUGUUCACUGUAAGCCUGGUGGUAGAUAAAUCUGUUUAAAACUAAAUAGCUGCAGGGUUGGGUUGGCUGGGCAGGAAAGGGUGAAAAAAGCUUUAUCUGAAAAGUUUUGAAAUAUGUCUUCAUAUUACACUGCCACGUAACUUGUCACUGGAUUUUUGUUUGCCCAUUUAGACUAAUUUUGGUGCAAGUGGGAUACACUAACCAGUGUAGCUUCAUUUUAAUCACUUUUCAGCUUUGGAAAGUAUGGCACAAAUCACAUGUGGUGUAAUUCAUUUCAGGUUAAGCAUUUUAAAAUCCCAUUUAUUUUCAGUGGCAUUUAACACUUUUUACAGGAUUGUGCUCCAUGUUAAUUCUGAGUUUAGUUAAGCAGAGUUUUAGUGCACUGGAAUAGAAAUGACCUGUCUAGGAGUUUAAUGUCUCAUUUUCAGGAUAUCCCACUGCGGUAGAAAAGGCAUGUUGUUUGUAUUGGGGGGUAUGGGAGCAUGGCCUCCUGCAAUUCCUUUAAUAUUAACUGGUGUUUAUAUCAGUAGGCUUGGUUUAUGAGAUCCGUCCACCUACUUUCACAGAAAACGGAUUAUUUAAUUGAGGCCCCACUUUAUGUAUAGCCUUAUCCAGUUUGUGAACUGGCUGCAUAGUGUCAUGUGAAGGACCGUGCAUGUAUGUAAAAAGGAGAAAAGCCUUUGCAAGUAUUACAUGGAGCUGAUUUUAUGUGUGUAUUCAAUCAUGCUGACAAACAUUUCUGUAUACAUAAAAGAAUUCAGGUAAAAAAAUAGAAGCAAAGCAAGAGAUCAUAGGACAAUUAUCAAGAGGAAAGCAAGUCUACCGUAAUAAUACUCAUUAUGGGAUUGGAGUUUUUUUUUGUAUAUUUUAUCCACCCACUCCCUUAUGCAAAUAGGAGUUAAUUCUUAUUUGUGGUGUACAGAAACAUUUUCCCAAAUUGAAUUGAUCAUUCUCCAAGUGUUAGAGUAUUGUUGUUGUUUUUAAGUGUAGGUGACCUCUCAGCAUUGAGAGGGUAUGAUUUUUAGUUUACUUUGCCUAUUGUUCAUCUGAAAAAUUGCCUCAAAACAGCAGUUAAUCUUGAUCCAACUUUUCCCAUUUCCUGAUAUUUGUACUGUACUAGUGUAUGCUACUUAGCCUCACAGUUAAUUGCCAAGCACAACAUGCAAGAAUGUUUGAUAUUUUGAAUGUUGUAAUUAUUUGCAUUUAAAAAUAAAAAGUAUGUUGAAUGUUCUGCUGGUAAAAUCUGAUUUUACCGGUGUUUUUUGUAACUUCCCUUGAUGAAUAAACGAAAGAAAGACCCAUUUCCUGAAAUGGAUUUCUCUAA